GAAGCCGGAGACAACAACCAGUUCUGCUGGAGAAAUUUAUUCUCCUGCAUCAACUUGCUGAGGAUCCUCAACAAGCUGACCAAGUGGAAACACUCGAGGACAAUGAUGCUGGUGGUCUUUAAGUCGGCCCCGAUCCUAAAACGAGCUCUGAAGGUGAAGCAGGCCAUGAUGCAGCUGUAUGUCCUCAAACUGUUGAAAAUCCAGACCAAAUACCUGGGGCGCCAGUGGAGGAAGAGCAACAUGAAAACCAUGUCUGCCAUUUACCAGAAGGUGCGGCACCGCAUGAACGACGACUGGGCUUACGGCAACGAUAUCGAUGCGAGGCCGUGGGAUUUCCAGGCCGAAGAAUGCACCCUGAGAGCCAACAUCGAAGCCUUCAACAGCCGGAGGUACGACAAACCGCAAGACUCGGAGUUUGCGCCGGUGGACAACUGCCUGCAGAGCGUGCUGGGCCAGCGGCUGGAGCUCCCCGAGGACUUCCACUACUCCUACGAGCUCUGGCUGGAGCGGGAGGUGUUUUCUCAGCCCAUUCGCUGGGAGGAGCUGCUGCACUACCAGUGAGAGCAACACCUUCACCUGCCCACCCCAGCCCCACCUCAGUAAGGACUCAAGGUGCUACAGGCUGAGGAAAGGAAG